CAAAAGAGUACAGUGAUCUUGGUAUAUUUAAACCAUUUAUUUUUCGUUUCGCCAAACAAUCCCACGAUUACGGGGUGUGCUUUUGGUUUCCUUCUCUUGCCCGCACGCAUAUCCAUCGACUUGAUCGAAUCCCAGAAACAUCCACUUUUAGUUUUUUUUUUUUCAUUGCGUAUCCAUACGGUUCAGAUUGCUAGGGUUUCCUCUGCGGCACAUCUUUUCCUUUCUUUUAUUUAAAAUUGCUGAAUCCUAGGGUUUCCUUUUCUCUGGUUCAUGUCUGAGUUUUUUUAAGGCGAUUUCGCUGUUAAAUUUUGGCGAAGAUGCUUCGGCGUAUGGCCGGCGGGAAUGUCCACUGCGCCUCCCGUUGAGACAAUUUCAAAUAAAAGAAAAUUUUACCCUGGAGGAGCUUCUUGAUGAGGGUGAAAUUAUUCAGGAAUGCAAAGCCCUUAAUUGGCGACUUAAAAACUUUGUAUAUGAAGAAUCUAAAAUGGGGCAAGGAAAUGAUUAAACACAUGAAGGUACAUAGGGGAAGGAUAUAUCCUAAGAGUUUGUGCAAAGGCAUGGCUAAGGGAAAGCUUAUUUUGGUUUCUCGGUCAAGGGGGAAAUUUACUCUACAUAAUGAUGGUUCUUUGUCAUAUAUUGGUGAAGAAGCUCAUGCUCUUAGUAUUAACACUGAAAGCAAAUUUGAAGACCUGAAAGCAGAAGUGGCAGAGAUGUGGAAUCAUGAUCCUGAUUCCUUGACCAUUAAAUACUUUCUUCCACACAACAAUAAGACACUUAUCACAGUUUCUAAUGACAAAGACCUGCAACACUUGCUGGAUUUUCAUGGAAAUUCGGCAACUGUGGAUGUUUAUGUCUUAACAAACGAGCAUCAAACAAGCGACCAGUUGACCAUGUACCACUGUAGGUCUGGAAUGGUUGAUGAGCCUGUGACUCCUGCUGCAUCUGUUUCUGGAGCUACUGAGCAGCUUGAUUCAUCGGCUUCUCUUACUACAGAUGUGGACAAUCAAAAUAACUUAACUCCUGAAGCUCCUAAUGCUAAUGCACUGCAGAAACUUGUUAAAUCAUGGGAGAAUUGCUUAACUGGUCUGGAGCAACGGUUUAAUAAUGCUCACGAUUUUCGAGUUGCUCUGAAUAAGUUCUCCAUAGCUCAUGGAUUCGAAUAUACCUUUAAAACUAAUAGGUCUAGGUAUAUAAUUGCAAAUUGCAAAGCUGAAGGUUGUCCUUGGACAAUUCAAGCUGCAAGGUUGUCUACUACAAAGUUGUUUCUGAUUAAAAGGAUGAGUGAAACUCAUACAUGUGGAGCAGGAAAUAGUUCAUCUCGGCAUCCUAAGGUCUCUAGGAAAUUGGUCAAGUUUCUUGUAAAGGAAAAAUUACGAGAUUCCCCAAAUGCUAAACCGAGAGAAAUUAUUAAUGAAAUCCUUCACGAUUAUGGAUUCAAAGCAAGAUACGCACAUGUGUGGCGUGGAGUGGAGUCUGCCAAAGAGAAGCCUCAAGUUUCUUACGACGAAGGUUACAAUCAGAUACCUAGUCUAUUUAAGCAGAUCAUCGAGAACAACCCUGGUAGCAUGGCAACUCUAGUCACUGGGGAGGACUUAAGCUUCCAUCUUCUAUUUGUUUCCUUGCAAGCUUCGUUACAUGGCUUUAAGAAUGGAUGUCGCCCCCUCCUUUUCCUUGACACUAUGACCAUAAAAUCCAAGUAUCAGUCCGAGCUGUUGACCGCUACAGCUUUGGAUGGAAAUGAGGGCAUUUUCCCUGUUGCUUUUGCUGUAGUUGAUGUUGUCAAUGAUGAUAAUUGGCAUUGGUUUUUGGUGCAACUGAAAUCUGCACUUUCAAUAUUCCAACCAGUAACCUUUGUGGCAGAUAGAAGGGUUGGGUUUAAAAAGCCUAUUUCCAUGAUCUUUAAGAAUUCACAUCAUGGUUAUUGUCUCCAUCGGCUAAUAGAGGGAUUAAAAGGGGAUUUCAACGGCUCAUGUAGUGAAGAAGUUCUUCAAGUGAUUAUCACACAUUUCUAUGAUGCUGCUCGUGCAACUGCACUUGAUGGAUUCAGACAAUCAAUCGAGAACAUCAGAAAUAUUUCACCAGAGGCUUGUGAAUGGAUCUUGCAAAGUGGACCUGAACACUGGUCAAAUGCACUUUUUCAAGGUUCACGAUAUGGAUAUUUUUCAUCAAAUGUUGCAGAGACAUUUUAUAGUUGGGUAACUGAAGUUCCAAUUACAUCUAUUGCUAAGUUGAUUGAGACCAUCUGCUGUAAGAUGAUGGAGUUGAUGAUUACUCAGAAGUCAGAUUCAUGUCUGUGGUUGACAAAAUUAACUCCAGCUGUGGAGUUCAAAUUAGAACAACAUAUUCUUAAAGCUAACAUGCUUCAAGUGCCAGUGUCACUUGGUAGCACCUUUGAGGUAUGUGACAGUUUGGGUGCAAUAAAUGUAGUGAACAUUGAUCUCUGGGACUGUAGCUGCAGGGAAUGGCAACUGAAAGGUUUUCCAUGUUGCCAUGCUGUUGCUGUCCUUCAGCAAUUAGAAAGGAGUUUAUAUGAUUAUUGCUCUGAGUACUUCACGGUCGAUGCUUUCCGGUCAACAUAUUCAAACUCUAUAAACCCGAUUGCAACUGCAGAUAUGGCAGUGCUAAAGAAAACCUCUACAAUUGAAGUACGCCCUCCUGCUCUCCGUCAUGUCUUGGACCCUCCAAAGAGGAGAAAGAAAAAAUAUAUACAUAAAGGACCCUUUAAGCGGCCAUUGCAUUGCAGCAAGUGCCAAGGAGCUGGACACAACAGACAAACAUGCCAUCUAUUCUCGUAAUGCACCAAAGUUAAUUAAUGUAGAAUAGCAGUUGAUAAAUCAAGUUAGGUAAUUUAGGUAUCGUCUAGGGAGCUAGCUAAGGCCCCGUUUUUGGUUGGGACAUGCAGGUAUUGUUUGUUUAACUUCAGCAUUGUCGACCAUCAUGUACCAUUAUAGGGUUUAAUGGUAAUCCCGUUCUCAUGGAUGCUGGUUUUCUGUUUCUUCUUUUUUCCCCCUCGAAGUGUACUGAGGUUUAGAACAUAAAUUUAGGUUAAACCCAUCAGACAUUUGGUUUUCAAUUAAUCAAUUGAUUAAUUAGUUGGGUCGAUGGUUGGAUAACUUUUUAAAAUUGGUUUUAAUUGACCAAUAUUCAUACGGUUCAUGAUUAAGAAAAUGGUUCAUAAUUGAGAAAA